GAAAUAAAGGCGGCGAAGACCAUGUCACCAGGAGAAAGCCCACACUGCUAAGCUCGCACUGACCGGCUGUGCUGCCGCUUUCCCGGCCGUCGGCAGCCCGCGGCUCCUUUGUCACCACUCCCCCGGCGGUGGCGGAGCGCCGAGCCCGCAGCCUGGGAGCGCCGGGAGGCAGCCGGGCGGGCGGCAGGAGGGCUUAGGACCCAGGGGGACGGCAGACGCCGAGUGAAAGGACCCAGGCUUUGGUGCACACGCCUCCUACCAAAAAAAAAAAAAAAAAAAAAAAAAAAAAAAAAAUCAUAGCCCCGUGGAGCUGGCGCUCGCUCAUUCACAGUUUUCUAGAGAGAUCUGAGCCUGAACCUGGGAGCCGGGAGAUCUUGCUCACCCACCCAGCUCAACAGCAAGGACACCUACAGGGGGAUAAAAAAACACAAAAACAAAACCCAAACCCUCCCGGCGGCAGGCUGCCUGGCUCUGUGCAGAAAGUGAUGGAAUAAACAACACUUUCCUUUGGAUGGAUUAUACAACAUAUGAACUGCCUGCUACUCUUUCUGCAGGAAUAAGAAAAGCCCUUCGCUUUCAUUUGUUAGGUAUCAGUGUGAUAGCAAAAAGCUUCUGAAUGGCUCACGCUCACAGCAGACCAUUUGUUGAAUGGGAUCAGCACUUCCACUAAAAUAUCUGAAGUUAAGGAUUUGGAAAACAGAUUUUUGCAGAGAUGACCCAUUUACAAGCUGGACUUAGUCCAGAGACUAUAGAAAAAGCCCGCCUGGAACUGAAUGAAAACCCAGACAUUUUGCAUCAGGAUAUCCAGCAAGUCAGGGACAUGAUCAUCACGAGGCCUGACAUUGGGUUUUUACGUACAGAUGACGCCUUCAUCUUGAGAUUUCUCCGAGCCAGGAAGUUUCACCAAACGGAGGCCUUCAGACUGCUGGCUCAGUACUUCCAGUACCGCCAAUUAAAUCUGGAUAUGUUCAAAAACUUCAAGGCUGAUGAUCCAGGAAUCAAACGGGCUCUGACUGAUGGGUUUCCAGGAGUGCUGGAAAAUCGUGACCACUGUGGCAGGAAGAUUCUUCUGCUUUUUGCAGCCAACUGGGAUCAGAGUAGGAACUCCUUCAUAGAUAUCCUUCGGGCUAUCCUACUGUCCUUGGAAGUGCUCAUCGAAGAUCAGGAGCUUCAGAUAAAUGGCUUCAUUCUAAUUAUAGAUUGGAGCAACUUCUCCUUCAAGCAAGCCUCUAAACUUACGCCAUCUAUCCUUAAACUGGCCAUUGAAGGGUUGCAGGACAGCUUUCCUGCCCGCUUUGGAGGAGUCCAUUUUGUCAACCAGCCCUGGUACAUCCAUGCCCUGUACACGCUAAUCAAACCAUUCCUCAAAGACAAGACAAGGAAAAGGAUCUUUCUUCAUGGUAACAACCUGAACAGCCUUCACCAGCUAAUACACCCUGAAUGCCUGCCCUCUGAAUUUGGGGGGACCCUUCCCCCGUACGACAUGGGGACGUGGGCUCGGACGCUGCUGGGCCCCGACUACAGCGACGAGAACGAGUACACCCACACGUCCUACAACGCCAUGCAUGUGAAGCACACGUCCUCCAACCUGGAGCGGGAGGCCUCGCCCAAACCCAUGAAAAGGUCCCAGUCGGUGGUGGAAGCCGGCACGCUGAAACACGAGGACCUGGGAGAAAGUGAGAACACCCAGCCGCUGCUGGCCCUGGACUGAGCUCCCACUCACCAGUCACGGAAACAUUCACAGACUUCCACCAUACCAGAAACCCACAGAGCACACGAUACACACUCACACACGUGCACGCGUUUUGCUUGAGAACAACUCCUUCAUGUUUCUUGCCCAAGUAAUAACUGUCACCAGCCAUCUGUCUGUCCGCAGGGCCAAAGCUGAACAAAAUUUCUAUUGACACAGGAUGCGAAGGAAGACACAGCAGGGGUCUGUCCAUACAUAAAGAACUUGUUUUUCUUUUUUUCUUUUGGUCUUGUGGCAUUAAAAUAUUGGAAAUGGUGGGACUGCAUUCUCCUUUCAAAGGAAGCAGGGAGUGUCAGUAGAAGUUUUCCUGAAGCCGCCGGCAGGGAUGCUCUGUUUUAUAGAAGCCAAGGUUAAAUGUGUUUUAAAGCAAGGCAUCUUAAAGUCUGUGCUGAAAUUAGCAGUUUAAAGUGGUUCAGAGGGCAGAAAUAGCAUCUACAGCGUGCUCGAAUUCUACAGAAGGAUUUCGCAUUAAAAAAAAAAAU